AUGGGCUUCAUUUCUCGCCAAAAGGAGACUGGUGUUUCCGAUGCUGUCCUCACCGACAUUGUAGAGAAGGACUCCGUACCAUGGUACAAGAAGCCUAAUCUGCGCAUUCUCUAUCUUCUUCUUUUCCCAACAUGCAUGGGAGUUGAAUUGACAUCAGGAUUCGAUUCGCAGCUCAUUAACGCCUUGCAGCUAUCGGAUUACUGGAAAGAGUACGAUUUUGGACACCCUCAGGGGAGCCUUCAGGGAAUAAUCGCAGCUGCGUACUCAUUGGGAGCAAUUCUGUCAUUGCCUCUGGUCCCAAUCGUAAACGACAAAUUCGGACGAAGAUGGAGCAUUUUCCUUGGAAGUCUCGUCAUGAUACUCGGCGCUCUUAUCCAGGGCUUCUCCCAACACGUGGGCAUGUACAUUGUUGCCAGAAUGAUUUUGGGUUUCGGCAUUCCCACAUGUAUUGUUGCAGGCAGCAGUCUGAUCGGCGAGUUGGCAUAUCCCAAAGAACGCCCUAUUAUGACAUCGCUAUUUAACGUGUCCUACUUUUUCGGGCAAAUCACUGCUGCUGGCAUCUGCUUCGGGACGAACACCAUCUUAAGCGACUGGGGAUGGCGCAUCCCGUCCUUGCUGCAGAUCUGUCCUUCACUCCUACAAAUAACCUUCGUCUUUUUUCUCCCAGAGAGCCCACGUUGGCUGGUUUCUCGAGACAUGAGCGAAGAAGCCCGUGAGAUUCUCAUCAAGUACCACGCGGAAGGUGAUUCGAGCUCUGAGUUCGUAAGUGCAGAGAUGGCGCAGAUCGACGCGACUUUGAAGAUUGAAUUCGAGGCUUCAAGGCGAUCCUGGAUGGACCUCCUGGGCACCGCUGGCAUGAGACGACGCGCGUUGAUCACAUCAUUCCUGGGCCUUUUUACUCAGUGGUCAGGAAACACACUGAUUUCGUAUUAUCUUGGUGACCUGCUUGAGAUGAUCGGCUGGUCUGAUAGUGUUGUCAAGCAAAAGGUCAACCUCGUCAACGCUUGCUGGUCUUUGGUUGGUGCAUUUUUGGUUGCUUUGGUUGUUCGACGUUUCAAGCGAAGAACCAUGUACCUCACAUGCGCUGCAGCACUCUUGACUGUCUAUAUCUGUUGGACAGUAUCCAUGGAACGCGCCGUUACAGCAAGAGAUGCCGGUGGAGAGAACAAAGCUGCAGGCUGGGCAGUGAUUGUCUUCAUUUUCCUCUACAGCCCCGCUUAUAACAUCGGAUACAAUGCCCUGACAUACACCUAUCUUGUCGAGUUAUGGCCUUACGCAGAACGAAGUCGCGGAAUCGCUCUGUUCCAGCUGUUCGGUCGCAUGGCUGGCUUCUUCACCACCUUUGUCAACCCAAUUGGCCUUGACGGUGCUUCCUGGAGGUACCUGAUUAGCUAUUGCUGCUGGCUCGGCUUUGAAAUUGUAUUUAUCUUCAUCUUUUUUCCUGAGACAUCUGGGCGCACCCUGGAAGAAUUGGCUUUCCUAUUCGAGAGCAAGGAACUUUCAGACCGUGCUGUUAUUGCGGUCGAAAAGGUCGUCCAUCACGAGGAUAUGCCAGGAACGUCAACGCACAUUGACGAUAUUGCACCCGCCCACUCCAGCAAGGUUUAA